AUGUCACAAAUAGACUCCAACUUUGGAGGUCCUGGAGGGCCAAAUAGUGACAACAAUAAGGUCUUUGACCAAAACAACGAGAUAGACUACAUCGACGACGCAGGGAAUAACAUUUUGGGCGAUGUUUAUGGACAUGGUCUCGAAAUGGGUGCACAAUCUGCGUUCAAUUUCAAUGAAACUGACGACUUUCUCAAAUCCAUUUCAGGAGUCUUGGGAAAACAAUCAGAUGUGGCAAACACCCACUUCAACAAUGCCAACUACAACAGCUCAACUCUAUCACCAUCAUCGAUCUAUGGAGAAGAGGUGGGAUUUCCAGAAUACUUGGCAGCCUAUUCUGAACAGCCACAGAGUACAUUCCAGGAUAAUCAACUCGAACAACCUACUUAUGGCACCAAAAUAAGAUCAAAUUCGUCAUCAAUUGCCACAUACAAUGGCGAGAUUAUAUCCCCAUUGUCCAACCCCACUGUCGAAACAUCUGACUACACUUCCCCGGAGUCUGUUCAAAACCAAACAGUUGAGAAACCACCAGCAAAACAAACAAGGAAAGGGUCUACUUCCAAAGUGACAAAACCAAAGAAUCCAAAGAACCUCAAGGACAAAAAUUCCCACAACAUGAUUGAGAAAAAGUACAGGACCAACAUCAACUCAAAGAUUUUGAUUUUGAGAGAUGCUGUCCCUGCCUUGAGAAUUGCCGCUGGUGCUGAUGAUGUCUCGGUGGCCGACUUGGAGGGAAUCACCCCAGCAUCAAAGUUGAACAAGGCCAGUAUCUUGACCAAAGCUACCGAAUACAUUAGACAUUUGGAGCAAAAGAAUGCUGUAUUGAAGGAUCAAAAUGAUUAUUUGCAAGAGGUUAUUCGGGAUGCUAACUUGAGUCCACAAAUACGGAUGCCUUUAGGUCAACGUCAGUUGCUGAGCUCACCUGUCAAUGACAGUCAGCAGAUAUACGGAGAUAUGAGUCCAAAUAAUCUGCAAAGUCAUGGUGGACCAUCUUACCUACAAGGCCAACAGGCGUUUCAACCACAAGCGCAACAAAUAUCUUCACAGCUUCCAUCACCACCAACCUUUCAGCUGCAGCAACAACAACAUCAACAACAUCAUCAACAACAACAACAUCAAAAUUCAAACGGGCCUAAUAGGUACUUGUUAGGAGGAAUGGCAACUGUUAUGGCCACGUCCUUAUUUGGAGGCUCUGGUGAGAAUGAUUUCAGAAGUUUAAGUGCGUUGCCAUUUGCUUCUUACUUGUUUCCGCACGCUUUUUUGAGCCCUUCACCGGCUAUGAUCCAAUUAUGGACAUUGACGAAAUUGUUGUUGGUUUUAGGAAGUUUGUUUUCUGUAUUUUAUCCAUUGGCUCAAAGUGUUGCCAGGUCGAAGCACAAGCAGUUGAAGCUGACAUCCGAGUCUAGCACAUUGAUUGAUUGUCUUUUUGUUGCAUUGUACAUGAAGGUGCCUAAGAAGUUAUCUGAGCAACGUCGUGAUGGAAUCAUAGCAAACUUGAGAGGAGGCAACAACUGGAAGCAAUUAAUCUGGGAUUAUGUUGAGUUGUCUUCAUGCGAAACCAAUUUUGAGAAUACAUUUUUGAUGUUGUUGAUUGGAACGUUGUUGAAAGGCAAGUUUGAAAAAUUUUCACUGGUUUUCGAUCAUUUCUUGAGUAUGAAAGGUGGAUUGAUUGUAAAUCUUGAUUAUCGUGGAAGCAACAAAUCCUUGAUCAGGUUGAGCCAGUUGAUUGGAAAAGUUGAUGGGCUUUCCAUGUUUACUAGUGAAACUUUGAUGAAGAGAUUGAAUAAUGUUGCAACUGGUCAAAUUGUCAAUACUGGCGCUGAAGAUGGACAAGAUGCCAAGUACGUCGAAGCUUAUCAACAUACAAUUGGUGAUUAUUAUGGUUUGGUUACUCAGUGGAGAAUCAUUGACAUUGUCCAUGGCUUGAAUUUGUCCUACUUGGAGAAUAUCGACGAGGAUACUACUCAAGUUCUCACUGAUUUGAAAAUCGUAGGAUCAAUUAUUGAUAAGGAGUCGCCAAUUUGGCCCCAGUUCCAAUUAUUUAUGACCAUUGUUGACCCAAAUCAAACUUUGACACUAGUUCACGAGUUGAAAAAUAGAGUAGAAUCCAAAGUGAGCAAAUUCAGAUCAGACUGCAAAGAGUUGGAGAAUGAUUCAGAGGAUGAGGAUGAGUACUCCUCAUCAGAUCUUGACUUUGAAUCCGUUGUCAAGAGCUUAAAUCUUGUUUCACAAGAAGAGUUGGUAGUUUUAUUGUCUUCGUUGGUUACAUACUAUCACAAUCUAGACGACGACGACAAGGAGGCUGAAGUCAUGAGACAUUUAAGGAUCCCCAAUAAGAAAUUCAGUUUAUUGACAUUCACUGCAUUGGUCAAUAUGCUUACCGUAAUAAUACCGGGCCCAGUGGAUGAUUUUGAGGGUACGUCAGAUGUGUUGAUUCUGGUCCGCAACUGGCUAAAAGACGGCCACUUGCAAAGGAAUAUGUUGGACUCACAGUAUGUUGAUCUUGGUGAUAAGUUGGCUGACUUGUUACUCAAGAAAGGAAAGAUAAUAAAUGGAAUAGUUAUCGAGGAAGCUGAAGAAGAGUAA